AUGACAGAAACUAGAGAAGUAUCAGUUCUUAUAGCUCAACACUUUAAGAUAUCUACAUAUCAGAGGCUUAAAACUGAAGCUGAAAGGAAAGAGAUGAGUUAUAUUCCAUAUGCAAACAUUGUGGGUAGCAUAAUGUAUACCAUGAUUUGUACAAGGCCUAAUGUGGCUCAUGCAAUUAGUGUAGCAAGCAGGUAUAUGUCAGAUCAUGGAAAGACUCACUGGCAGGCUUUAAAAUGGAUCUUAAGUUACAUGAAGAGCACUGAAGGAUAUGGAAUAGUUUUAAAGAUAAAUGAUAGUCAUCAAGGGGAUGCCCUCAUAGGAUUUUGCGAUUCAGAUUAUGCUGCAAAUGUUGACACAAGGAAAUCUCAGUCAGGUUAUGUCUUCAACUCAUAUGGCUCUGCUAUAAGUUGGAAAUCUUCACUGCAAUUAGAAGUACAUUUGUCAACAACUGAAGCAGAAUACAUUGCUUUUAUUGAGUCUGUCAAGAAAAGUAUUUGGUUGAAAGGUAUCAUUAAAGUUUUGGGAAUUGAGCAGAGUUCAGUGGGAGUUGUUAAAGUAAAGAAAGUUGCUACAGAGCACAAUGCUGCUGAUAUGCUCACUAAAUCACUUCCAGCCACCAAAUUCAGAUAUUGUUUGGAGUUGCUGGAUAUCUUGGAUCUCAAUCCAUCUUUUUCAACGGUUUAG